AUGAGCAAAGUUUAUCCGAUUAUUAAAACAAAUUCGGGUCCCGUGAAGGGAAUUUCCCGCAAAAAUGACGUUGGAAAGCUUUUUUACUCUUUUCAGCACAUUCCUUAUGUCCAACAACCGAUCGGAGAAUUCCGUUUUAAAGAUCCUCGUCCCGUUAUUCCAUGGAAUCAACCACUGGAUUGCACAAAAGAAGGUCCAAAAUGCUACCAUUUUGAUUCUAUGAGCACUGGAAGUCCUGAAUUCGUUGGCGGAGAUGAAUGUUUAGGCUUGAAUAUCUUCACGCCAAACUUAAAACCAUGGCGACCUUUGCCCGUCUGCGUUUGGAUUCACGGAGGAGCUUUUAUCACCGGAAGCAGUUCAACUGAUCUUUUUGGUCCAGAUUUGAUCGUAGAGAAAGACGUCAUCAUGGUUUCGUUCAAUUAUCGUCUCGGAAUUUUCGGAUUUUUGUCGCUAAAAGACCCAAAAUUGGGAGUUCCUGGCAAUGCGGGCUUAAAAGAUCAAUCGAUGGCCUUGAAAUGGAUCAAAGACAACAUUUCUCACUUUGGCGGCGAUCCAAAUAACAUCACGGUGUUUGGAGAAAGUGCUGGCGCUGCAUCCGUUCACUAUCACAUGAUCUCGCCAAUGUCAAAAAAUUUGUUCAAUCGAGCCGUGAUGAUGUCAGGAUCCGUUCUUUGUCCGUGGGCAACUGCACCAAAAUUUUACGAAAGUUGUCUCAAACGAUUGGCAAUCGCUCUCGGACUUGAUGAGGACGUGAACGAGGAAAUUUUGUUCAAAGCGAUUUCUGAAGCAGAUCCAUUGACGUUGUUAAUGCACGAAGUCAACCUCAUCAAACCUGAGGAGAAAUUAACGAGUGGAACAAAUAUUUCUGCUUUUUUGCCCCAAGUCGAGCCUUAUGAGAGCGAAAUGUGUUUUCUUCCCGCUUCUCCGAUUGAACUCUGUCGCAAUGCGUGGUCCUUAGAUAUGGAUGUCAUCUUCGGUGGAUGCGAAAAUGAAGGUCUAAUCUGCAGCGGAUUGCAUCCGGAUGAGGUUGGAUUAGCUGAAAUUAAUAAAAAUAACGCUUAUUUGUUGCCGUUGGAUUUAUUUUAUGAACUUGGAUUGAAAGGAAAUUCAAAAGGAGCGAUUUUGAAGGAAUUUUACUUCGGGGAAAAGGAUAUUUCAUUGGAAAAUAUCGAAAAUUUGCUUUCGUAUCUCGAUGAAUCAACAAUCUGGCAUGGGAUCUACCAAGCCGCUGUAAUUCAUCGUCAAACGGGCUCCGGCAAGACUUUUUUGUACAAUUUAAACGUUCCUCCAUCAUCAGACAAUCCCGGCUUCUAUCACUUUCUUCGAAGUGCUUUCAAAAUGCCUCACAUGAAGGGAACUGCUCACGCUGAAGACAUUCCCUUACUUUUUAAGACGAAAGUUGCCCGACGAUUCCAAAAAGGCGACGAUAACUACGAAGCGCAACAAGUUUUCUUAAAUUUCUUCAUUGAAUUCGUAAAACGGGGAAAUCCCAACCAUCAAUUUGUCAAAGAGAAAGCCGGUUCUCAUUGGCUUCCGUUGGAAAAAGGAGAAUUUGAAGACUUACCUUCGUUGGAAAUUUGUCGUGAUGACUUUCGGGUGCAACAAUUGAGUAAAUUUGAGAAAAUCCGGGUUUGGAAUUCGUUGUACGACGAUCAAAAAGCAAAAUUGUGA